AGCGGCUACCCACCAAUGCCCAGCAGCUUGCCUCCCCAUGUGUCCGCACCCGAACGACCGUCAUCUGCCGUUGCGGAGGGACCGCCGUUGUCCAGCUACGGCGAAAGGGCGAAACCGAAGAUGCGGAGAGCGAGCGACGGUACGAGGCUGACCAAGAAAGAGAAGGCGGCUACUGGUGACCUAAAGUGCGAGCAUUGCGGCAAAGGGUACAAGCACGGCAGCUGUUUGAGCAAGCAUUUGUGGGAACAUACACCGCAAUGGCAGUUGACCUCGAAGCUCCUGAUUUCGAAACAUCAGCAAGUGCAGCUCCUUGAAGCAGCAUCUGUCUUGGUUGCUAUGAAUCAAGACCCAACCGUCACCCACGAUAGCGACAAUUCGGACUCGCCUGCUGCUUCUGGAUCGUCGGAUAUGCGCGACGAUGUCAGCUCUACCGAAACCACGCCACCUCCGCAAAUCGAAGGUCCAGACCGCGACAAUAAGCGCUUCAGCAACAACAGCAGCGUUUUUUCGCGCAGCUACCAGUCAGUCUUCUCCGAGAGCGCACCGACCAACGACCAUGGCUUCUCUCAUCGCCGUCAAUGGAGCACGUCUAGCAACAAUAGACCCCCGACUGCUAACACGUCCAUUGCUGAGAGCUAUGACGACCAAGAUCCGCAAGACUUGGCUGCUGCUGUCGGUCUGCUCAGUUGCAGCUACGGCACGCCCAAGAGUGGUUCAACGAAUAUGCCAGGAGAUGUCCCGCCAGUGCCGCCAUUGCCAGCAAAGUAUGCCAUGCAUAACUUUACCAGCUACCGCGCUCAGCAGGACGUGGAGAUGGACGACGGUGAGACUUCCGAGGACGAACGCACCCGUAUCGACGAGAACGACGAAGGCAUCUUCGGCAAGAUGGACUAGCGAUUCAGUGCCGCACGAUACGUCCGGACAGAUUGAGAAGACGACAGGACGAUGUUGAUAACCUUUCAUUCGACGAUCUAAUCUGCAGCAUACGACCUUACGGCGCAAAGGAGUCUGCUUGAGUCGGAGCAGUUCCGAAUGAGAUUGCAUAUGGGUGGAAGCGAUGCUCCGCGGCCUGCUCCCGCCACCGAUGAGUAGUCUCGUGUACAUGUGCGAGAGGCUGCGAGGUUGAAGGUAGAGAGUGUGGCCGAGCGUUGAGCAGCCGAACGGGAGGUGAACACUUCAUGCAUUGGGAAGCGUUGGUGCAGCAUUGGUGCAAACGCUGCCGGAUCGAUACCCUGGUUUGUGUAUGCAGUCACGGCAAACUAUCCCCCCAAAUGCCGCUUUC